UUCAGUCUGGCAGGAGAAAGCAAUCGAUGAUCGAGUUCGUGCAGUCGCUCGCUGACGUGCACGGCUUGGCGGGGUACUUUGUGGAGGUGUAGGAUGUUGGACUUCGCUAUAUUCGCGAUCACCUUCCUGCUAAUUUUGGUGGGAGCUGUGCUGUAUCUUUAUCCGUCUUCCAGGCAAGCAUGUGGCAUCCCUGGACUUGCUCCUACCGAAGAGAAAGAUGGGAACCUUCAAGAUAUUGUCAGCAAAGGAAGUCUGCAUGAAUUUCUAGUCAACCUACAUGAAAGAUUUGGGCCUGUUGCGUCCUUUUGGUUUGGUCGUCGACUUGUUGUUAGCCUAGGGUCUUUGGACUUAUUAAAACAACAUAUCAACCCCAAUAAGACCUCGGAUCCAUUUCAAAUGAUGCUGAAAUCUUUAUUGGGAUAUCAGUCAGGAGUCAUUGGGGAAGCAGCCGAAAAUCACAUACAGAAAAAGCUUUAUGAGAAUGCAAUCAACAAAGCACUGCAAAGCAACUUCAGCAUAAUAGUUAAGCUGUCAGAGGAGUUGUUGGCAAAGUGGAAUUCCUACCCGCAGUCUCAGCAUGUGCCUCUAUGCCAACACAUGAUUGGGUUUGCGAUGAAAGCAGUUACCCAGACAGCCAUGGGAAGCAGCUUUGAGGAUGAUCAGGAAGUUAUCCACUUUCGCAGAAACCAUGAUGCAAUAUGGUCUGAAAUUGGGAAAGGUUUCCUGGAUGGAUCAAUUGAAAGAAGUCCUAAUCGUAAAAAGCUCUAUGAAAAGGCCUUGACAGAGAUGGAAACGGUUCUAAAGAAGGCCAUAAGGGAGCGCAGAGGGAAGAACCUUGGUCGUCAUGUAUUUGUCGACUCUUUGCUUCAAGGGAACCUUAGUGACAAACAGGUCUUAGAAGACAGUAUGAUCUUCUCCUUGGCUGGUUGUGUGAUUACCGCGAACUUGUGUACAUGGGCUAUAUAUUUCCUGACUUCAUCAGAGGUUGCUCAGGAAAAGCUGUACAAGGAGGUGACCAGAGUCUUGGGGAAGGGACCCAUCACCUUGGAAAAAAUAGAACAGCUCAGCUACUGCCGGCAGAUUCUGUGUGAAACUGUACGUACUGCCAGCCUCACUCCUAUCUCUGCCCGGCUUCAGGAGUUAGAGGGGAGGAUCGACCAGCAUGUCAUUCCUAAAGAGACUCUUGUCUUGUAUGCCCUCGGAGUUGUGCUUCAGGACAGCAAUGUUUGGCCAUCAGCCUACAGAUUUAAUCCUGAUAGAUUUGAGGAUGAAACAACCAAGCAGAACCUUAUUUUGCUGGGUUUUUCAGGAAGCCAGGCAUGUCCUGAAUUAAGAUUUGCCUAUAUGGUGGCCACUGUCCUUCUUUGUGUCCUUGUAAGGAAACUCCAUUUACUUCCAGUGGAAGGGCAGGUAAUGGAAACAAGGUAUGAGCUUGUGACAUCACCAAAAGAAGAGGCCUGGCUCACAGUGUCAAAGAGGAACCCAGCCAAUUAGUUUCCCAUUUGGAAAAGCCAAAAGCACACAGAAAUGUAUCCCGUUACUGCCAGAGACCAUGUACUGUGACCUAUUGCUUCCUAUAAGAACAGUGAACGUUUGAAACAGUAGCACCCUACAACUAAGACGCUGGAUGGUUGUGACAGACUUGUUUUCUCUACUCAGAUGUUCUACACUACAGAUGUCCCACAGUUAUUUAAUACACAGUGUUACUCUGUUGAACUUGUGCACAUUUUAGGACCAAAACUAUGUUAAUUCAUCAGAUGUCUAUAGUAGGCGUGUGGUGCUUAAAUCCAUCUAGAUUGUAUGACAGUUUUUCUUAAACAUGAUAAUACCAGUUUGGACAUUUAGAAAGAAACAGUUAUAGUCAUUCAGGGCAUACUGCGCAAUUAAAAAGAUUCUCAUUUUGAAGA